AUGUCUGAAGGCGUCGAAUUGAGCACUGUUGGCCUAUCGCAUCCAUCCCUUGAACUAUCUCUAUCGGCCUCCCCUCAGCUCUUCGUUUCCAGUACGGCGAUCUCCCAGCUGACCAACGUUGAUAUUCUCGAACGUGUCCAGUCAGGGGAAAUCUGGUUUCUACCACCCAGAGUCUUCUACAUUCAGAUAAUCAUUCGUUUUGACGAUUGCGACAUGAGUGACGCUCCCAUGGAGAGCCACAUACUUGAGUUUCUAGCUGGUGCGAUCUGUUUAUCCAAGCUAUGGGAGAUUCUUGGGAUAUCCAUCGGCUGUAGUGAGAUCAGAUACCAUACCAGCAGCCAUGACGAACCCAACCUAUGGUUUGAAGUAGAGCACCCUGAUAAGUCCUCUGCGCUAUUAUCUCCACCCGAUGCUGAGACUUGCUCCAUGGAUGGUAUUGUCUGUUACUUUGAAUACAAGUCAAGUGCUCAACAAGACAAUGCCCAUUACGAAGGUCAUGAUAACGACACAGCUGGCCAGGUAACAACGCUAGAACGCGUUCACGUCGGUCCCCAAGAUCGCCUACAGGACGCAAGACGAAGUCCGGGUCCUCUGUAUGUCGAGGACCAGUCAUGCGCCGAACAUAUGGGUGAGAUGCAGAUAAUGAGGGCUGCCACUGCCUUGGAUCAAGCCCGGCAGCACCGGCGCGGGACAGCAGACCUAGCUAUCGCCGCUUUGCACAGCAUCAUCGGUGUGAGAAGAAAGCUUCCCAAUAUCAGGAUCGACACCUCCGCCUCCCCAACCUUGCUAGAAAUGGCGCCCUCUGUCUGGAACGCGCACUACAUGAAGGCAGACAUCAUUACAGCGUCUGGAGGUUGGCGAUCGUCGUUGCGAGAAAAGAUUGAUCGACUCCUGGCGGAUGAGCGAAACCGACAACCAGACAAUUGGAACGAUCGCGAACAGUCGGCGUCGAAACUAGUGCAAAAGAGACUGUGGGAAAUGCUGAAGAAAACGCUCAUGAUAAAUAUUGGGAUCAAAUCUGCUGCCAAGAACGUGCAUCGUGAUUCUCAGCAUCUCGUAAUGGAAGAACUCGAAUCCCAGCUAUAUCCUGAAGUUUAUGGCUGUCGAGAAACUUACGAUGGGCUGGAAGACGAUGUCCGUUCACGGGACAUUUCCUGUCUGGACGAUAUGGACAUUGAAACCGAGACGCAACAGAUGAUGGACGCAGCUGAUCGCGACUACGAUUUCUAUAACCAUCACACCCAACACCAAUAUGAUAGUCAGGACUAUGAGAUAGAUGCGAUCAAUGAGAUAAACGGCGAGUAUUUCUUUGAGGAGAAGUAUUCCGGGUAUGGGGAGGUGAGAGAUUCAACCAUGAUGGAACAUACUCCCGAAGGAGGUUUCCCCAUUGAAGGCACGCAAUGGGCACACCGACUUGAAUGGACUCAUCAACAGGAGAUGGAUGCGCCACCGGCAGACACUGCACGGGGCUACAAUGAAUUCUCACUUGUGCCGGACGAUCCCGAUGAGACGAGUUCCGUUGAUGGGUCCUGCUUACGGACAGAACAGUACUGGUGGGACGGGGACGGAAUACCGGGUCAACCUGAUGGUCUAUAUGAAUGA